GGCGCGGGCGCGACGGCGGGAGGAUGCUGAGCCGCCUGCAGGAGCUGCGCAAGGAGGAGGAGACGCUGCUGCGGGUCAAGGCGGCGCUGCACGACCAGCUCAACCGCCUCAAGGUGGAAGAACUGGCCCUCCAGUCGAUGAUCAGCGCCAGGGAAGGGACCAUGACGGUAUCAUCAGCGGCUCUGUUGGAUGAGCAUCAAAACAUGGACAACGAAGCCGCUAUUAAUCAGACUGCACUGCAGCUGCAUCUUGGGGAGGAAGAGGAGGAGGAGGAAGAGGAGGAGGAAAUAUCAGACUCCUAAAGGGAGGCGCGCUGCAGACAGACUGCCUUUUCAUCCCACGCUCAGGAACUUCCCCGUCCACCGUUCGAGCAGACUCUCUCGUCGUCGUUGGUUUUGGUGCUACAGAAACAGAACGACGCUCGCGGCCGCCGCUGGGUAUCCCAAAAAUUUUCCAGGGACGCUGAUCCAAUUGUGGGGAGGAGUGGUUGGGAGAACACAUUCUAAUGUAGCAUGAUUUUUUUUUUUUAAUGACAACUAUUACAGCCAAGUAGCACCUGGGAAUUGCACCAUGCAGCUCACAAAGCAAUAAUGCAACCUUGUCCUUGAAGGCAUUAUACCACAAAGCACACACACACACACACACAAAAUAUAGGUGGAAAAGCCUGGAUGCUCUGCUGUCCACCCGCUCCACCCUCUUCGGGGCAUCCCGUACACCCCCCAAGGGAAGGGGCUAAUCAGCCUGGGACCCUCGGGUGCCUUCUCCUCCCACCCCCCCACCAGGAACCACUGCUAGUCUAGAACAAGAUCCCUAAAUCCUAACCACCCGUGGCUUGUAGUAUAACACUUGGAACGUUUAAGUGUUUUGAUGGGCAGUGUUUGAAAUCCCUGGAUUCUUCACUGCUGGGGGGGCGGGGGCACAGGAUAUGUGAUACAAAUCGGGGAAGAGACUUUCCCGGUCUCCUCUGCGGCUUCUCGCUGUGGCCGUAGCUACGGAACGGCGCAGGCUUUGCUGGAAUGGGGCCCUCUGUCUUUCCUGGGACACGGCUGGUCUCCUUGCACGCAGCAGGCGCGUGAGGUAUUUGGGAGGGGUGUGUGUGUGUGUCGGAAACUGGAUGGGAGGCCCGUGAG